UCUAUCAGUUAAAACACAGAACUGGAAACAGAGUUUUUGUUUGUGUUUUCCACGUUUUUGGAAAUCCAAAAUUGGUGAAGCUGAAUAUCAUUUGAGAGCUCCCUAAAACAGGUACUAACAUGGUUACAAUUUUCUUGUAGGACUGUUCACAAGAUUACAUUGUAAAAAAUUAUUUCUACUACUACCUGUUCCAAGUUUCUGCUGCGAUGGGCCAAGAAAUUUUCUACAUCACAUUUCUUCCAUUCACUUACUGGAUCAUUAACCCCUAUGUUUCAAGAAGACUAAUAAUUAUGUGGCCUGUAGUUAUGUAUAUUGGUCAAGUCAUGAAAGACCUUCUGAAGUGGCCUCGUCCUCUUUCGCCACCUGUGGUCAAGCUGGAAAAGAAGACCAAUGCAGAAUAUGGAAUGCCAUCCACGCAUGCAAUGGCAGCCACCGCCAUCUCUUUCACUUUUGUAGCUGUGACUGCAAACCGGUACAAGUAUCCACUUGAACUUGGACUGUCGGGAGCCUUCUUAUUUUCAGCUCUGGUAUGCCUCAGCAGAAUUUACACGGGAAUGCACACAGUGCUGGACGUCAUUGUUGGCAGUCUAAUUUCCUUAUUUUUGACUGCUGUUGCUUGUCCUACCUGGGAUUUCGUGGACCACUUGAUGCUCACCAACCCCUUAUGUCCAGCAUUCUGCAUCACUGUGCCCCUCUUCUUAUGCUACAAUUAUCCCAAACUAGAUUAUUAUAGCCCAACUAGAGCAGAUACCACCACUAUUCUAGGAGCCGCUGCAGGAGCAAUUAUAGGGUUUUGGGUAAAUAAUCGCUAUGUUUCAAAUGCUUCAUCUGAAGAUAUCACAUACAGUGUUUCUUCCAACAUUAGUGAAAUUAUCUUGCUAGUGCUUGCAAAAUUUUUAGUGGGGAUUGGUGUACUAAUGGUCACACGCCAGAUUGCCAAAACCAUAGCUUGCAAGUCAUUAUGUUCUUGGCACAAGGUUUCUAGUAGUGAUGUUGUAGCUAUGCAGCAAAUAAAAAUUGAAGUGCCCUAUAAAUUUAUAACCUAUUCUUCUAUUGGUCUGAGUGCUACGGUGUUUGUGCCCCUACUAUAUAUAUUUUUGGGUUUAAAUUGAAUGCUAUGCAUUUGUUUUUUGAAAUUGCCCAUAUUAUAGACUGCAGAUUAAAAAGAUUUGCAGUAGUAAAGUUGGGGGGUGGGGUGGGGAUGGAAUGCUGUGCCUUUUGCAUAAAUUCUGUAGCACUGCUAAUAUUGGAGACCUAAAGAUAGAUUCUAGUCAGUCUAGUAUUCAGAUGGUCACAGACCAAAAAAGAACAACAAACAAACAAACAAAAAUCAUAAAUGGCAUCUCAUUUUAUGUAUAUUGAUAUGUUAUUGCUGAGAAUUUCCAGCUUUGCAAGUUUUCAUUGAGGGAAACCAAAUAUAGUACAGUAUCAGUCUUCAACAGUUUUUUAAACAUGUGUGACUGGGAAUAAAUACACUGUAUGAUCUGCCUUGGUAGGGACAUGUUGCAGUAUUACUCUAGGGUUUAAAUGACCACCCCAGCCCCCAACUUAACCUUUUAUCUUACAUACCAUAAGAAUACAGAUUUGAACUUUCAUUUUUGUCAGCUUCGUAUUUUGAAUAGCAAGGUUUCUGUAAGAUACUGAUUGUGUGAAGACAUAAUAUUCUUAUAUCAAAAUAGACAUUUCUCAGGAAUGUAGCAGUGAUAGCAUAACAGAAGCAGCAUUGUGCAUUGCAGUGCUAAAAUAAGAGAAAACCAGUAAAUAGUGAAAGUACUGAAUUGCUCCUGCUCAAUCAAGCUCUAAACAUGAUAGAUGAGCAAGAUUGGGUGAGGAGAAUAGUUACAUGAAAGAAUGUAUGGAAACUGGAGUAGUGUUACUAGCCAAUUAUUCCUUGUAUUCUCACAGUGGGAGCUGAAUACAGUAAAACUUCCAUUUCACAGAUUUUGGUUUAACAGAUUCUAGAUAUAACAAUUUUUUUGUUUGGACUUCACCUUCAUUUACUUAUAUCACUAAUGUGAUGUAAUUACAUAAAUAAUGUAAACUGGCAUAAAUUGGAAUUUAAUGGACAUUUGAAGGAUAUGUUAAAUCAAGGUUUUAUUUUAAUGACCAAUAUGUUAUUGAAUUAAGUAGGGAAAUUCUAUUUAAAAUAGAUUUCUGAACUGUAAGUUGUCUUCCCAAUACCUUUAGAUUUGUUUACAGAACAGUUUAUAUGAAUAGCAUCUAUUGUAUGCUGUUCAACAAGACUGCAUGUAUAUGUUCAGAUUUAUAAACUGUACAAUUUCUAUUUUUGUAUCAUUUUACUGUAAGGCAUGAAAUAUAUAAUCUGAAAAAAUACUGUUGCUGCAUUCAAAUUAUGUGUUUCUAGUUUUUUUUUUAAUUAAAGCAUAUGUCAUGUAUCUAUGUCUGCAGUAUAUGGUAUAGCAAGAGAUUAUUUCAGAAUAUAAAUACCAAAUGCUCUUAGCAGGGAAGCACUACCAAGUGCAGUAUUUUCUGGUUAUAUUUGUAGUUCAUGUCAGAUCUGAAUUAAAAUGUCAUAACAAGACUGCGUACAAACAUACAGCGCUAGACUACUGAAACCUAGAUCAUUUGCUCAUGAUUAACAUUUAUAGCAGACAUAUGUAUCUUAUGACCUUGCCUCUAUUAACUUGAUCGCUCCAUCCAAGAUGAUCUAAAAGGUAGAGGUAAUGGGAGUUCAUUUAACAAGUGAGAUACUCAGCAUAAUCAGUAGUGUCCUUUUUUAGUAGUGUCCCGUCAGCAUAAUCAGUUUUGUUUCAAUUCCUUGUAAUCUCAUCACUACUAAAACUAGCCCAGAAUGGGGGUUUACUUAAGAUCAGUAGGUGUGCAUUUUUUUUUCAUCAAAAGACUUAUUUACUCAAUAUGAAAUUCUGAAAGAAAUUACCAUCAUGUCUAAAAGACAAAGAAUAUCUUUUGGGCAUUUGCAAAUUACAUACAAAUGACAGAGCUUUCUCAUUUUAUUUUCUUCAUUGGCGGUACAAGAAAAAGCAGAGUCAAUAGAUAGUUUACUCUGUAACACGUAGAUGCUUGUAGUUGCCUCCACUACAACUCGGGUAAAUAAGCAGGCAAAUACAUUUAUUUUGAUCCCAUUUUUAGUAGAAUAAAAUAAUUUAUAGUAUAACUACUAUGGGGAAAAAAAACAAAUUUGUUCCAGCUUGCAAGAAACAUAUGUUUCU